AUGGGGUCGGCUGUUGUUUUGGUGGGAGUUCUGAUGGCCCUAAUGUCUUCAUGCUGCGCUUAUGACUUCUACGUUGGUGGAAGACAUGGUUGGGUGAAACACCCUUGCGAGAGCUACAACAGCUGGGCUGGGAGGAACCGGUUUCGAGUCCAUGACAGGCUCAUAUUCAAGUACAAGCAAGGGAAUGACUCGGUUCUCGUGGUGACCGAAGCUGACUAUAACUCAUGCAACGUGGCCGAUCCCAUUGGGUGCUACACCGAUGGCAACUCAGUCUUCCAGUUCAACCGCUCAGGCCCCUUCUACUUCAUCAGUGGCGCCGCCGGCCAUUGUGCGCACGGCCAGAAGCUCAUCGUGGUCGUGCUGGCGACCAGAAACCCCAUACCCAGUCCGCCGCCAGCACCGGCUGAGCCUCCAUACUGGCCACCACCGACGCCGUCUCUAUCCCCAUACCCAUCACCCGCUUCUGCCCCAUCGACGCCCGGAAAUUCACCAUCGACGCCGUUGCCGCCACGGCCGUCGUCAUCUGCGUCCGAUUUGGCUGUUUCUAAAGUUUCUCUUGGACUAACACUGCUUAUGGCGUUGGGCCGCCUCCUUGGCUGA